UAACUUGACCUACUUGAGUUCCUAUAAAUAGCAGAGGACGGUCUAAAGACAAUUUCACAAUUCGAACCAAAAUGGAAACCAAAAUUCCUAAGUCAAUGAUCGCCGGAGUACAGAGUGUCAUGCCGGUGGAAGUGACGCGACACCGGGAAAUCCGUUCCAUAUCUGUCGUAGAUCCCGUCGGAGUAGGAAUAUUCCGGAGAACGCUCAACAUAGUUACUUAUUACAAAGAAGCGUGCGAUAGUGGUGAUGAGAGAGGGUGGUUAGCCGCCGGGUGGAUCAAGGAAUCUUUAGGGAGAGCCUUGACGGAGCAGCCGAUGCUUUCCGGUAGGCUACGGAGGAGGACGAAGUCGGCGGAGGAUGGUCUGGAGUUGGUGGCCAAUGACAGUGGUAUUAGAAUGGUGGAGGCUACGUUUCCGGCGAGUUUGCCGGACUUUCUUGAAAUGGUGAAGAGAGACAAAAGCAGAGCUGAAGCAGAGACUGUCUUCUGGAAAGACAUUGAUGAAGAUGAACCUCAAUACUCUCCAUUGUUCUAUGUUCAGGUGACUAAUUUUGAGAGUGGCGGGUACUCAAUUGGGAUAAGCUGCAGCAUCCUAAUAGCUGAUCUCCUCCUUGGGACAGAUUUCUUGACCAAAUGGGCUCAAAUCCAAAGCUCUUUAGCUCAUUCCCAAACUACACUCAAACCAAUAUUCCACCUCCCUUCUCUCAAGCAAGAUUUUGGUAAUUUCCUCAUUGAAUUUUCGAGGUCAGCCUCGGUUCUCGACCGCGGUGACCCUGUUGCUUUUCAGGCCAAAACAUGUCUAAAUAUUUCACCAGCCUGCAUUGGAACCCGCAAAAGAACGAGGGGGGAUGUUUUCUUGUUCAUUAAGGAACAAGACGGUGGCGAAAAUAGUACCGGAUGUGAUGGUAUGAAGGUACAGAUACAUUCGAGUGAUGAAGUGAUUAACGGUUGCGAUUGCGGUAGUGAUUUGGAGGAGACAAAUGAUGGAGUACUUGAUAAGAGUUUAACGUUUGGGGAAAGACUUGAAGUUACUUCAUGUUGGGUUGGGUGUGUCUCAAAAGGGGUUGUGUUUGUUUUCCCAUCUAUUUUUGAAGAUGCCAAGUCGCUAGCCAAAUUUAUUGUUGCACUGCCAAAAGAGUAACUCAAUAAUAUCAGUGACAUGAUUUGUUUAAUGUUUCGAGUAAUGUUAUCAGUUUUAAUGUAGAUGUACUAUGCUACUAUUAUAAUGUUUGUUGAGUAUUGAUUGUGGUAUCUU